AUGACAUCGAUACGGACAUCGAAUUGCGCAUCUGAGGGCCGUCGUCUGACGAUCCUGUACAUGACGCAAACAGGAACAUCGUCCGAUCUCGCGCUUCGAAUCUCACGCCAAGCGCAACGCAAGCGUUUCCACGUCACCAUUGCGGACGUCUGCUCUUACGACCCCACCGACCUCGUCUCGGAAUCCCUGAUGCUCUUCCUUGUUUCCACAACAGGCCAAGGUGAAUUUCCUACAACCUCUCGGCCGUUCUGGAACUUCCUUCUCCGAAAAGGUAUCCCCGAAGACAUCUUGGAAGACGUCACAUUCGCUGCGUUUGGACUGGGAGAUUCGACCUAUCCGAGGUUCUGCUGGCCGGUGAGAUUGCUCAGUAGAAGACUGAGGGGUCUGGGCGCAAAAGAGCUGGUAGAGCAUGGAGAGGGGGAUGACAUGCAUUAUUUGGGAUUGGAGGGUGAGCUGGGACCUUGGAUGAACCGGUUUUGGAGAAAGUUGGACGAGCUGUGUCCGUUGGAGGCGGGAGUGAGGGAGGUGGGGAGAGAUGAGUUGUUGCCGCCUUCGGUGACGGUGACAAAGGUAGAGACAGAGGAGGGCAGGCUGAAGGAGAAACACGAUGGGAGGGAUGCGCUUGGUCGGCAUCUGGAGGAUCAAGGAUGGUCAAUAUCGAUUUUGGACAAGAAUCAACGCAUGACGGCUACCGAUCACUUUCAAGACGUUCGUCUGCUCGAGUUUGUCCGUCUCAACCAGACGGAUGUCGAAGAAGAUAAGAGACAGAUAGGCGAGAACGAAGAGAUUUCCAGAGGCUCGGCUUCUGCGCUGGAUGGUAUCUCCAUCCAAACUUACCGACCAGGUGAUAUCCUUUGUCUACACCCGAUCAAUGACGCUGCCUCUGUCACCGAGAUGUUGUCUCGCCUCGACCUCGAUGCGGAUACCCUGGUCAGCCUCGCGGGCAGCACCAUCCCUUCGACUGUGCCACAAUCGCCCGCACACAUGUCCGUGCGGGACCUCUUGACACACCAUCUCGAUUUUACCUCGGUCCCAACCAACUCGUUCUUUGAGCAGAUCCGGCUCUUCUCACCCACCGGCUCUCAGGAACGCGAAAAGCUGGACGAGUAUUGCGGCAUCUUUCCGGAAGAGGAACUGGCUAAAGGGGCAAACCCUCAAGAUGGUAUUGAUGAAAUGUACGAAUACGCCCAGAGACCGAGGCGAACGAUCAAAGAGGUAUUGGACGAGUUCAAAUCGGUUCAGGUGCCUUUGGCGUAUAUUGCAGAUGUGCUGCCUUGGAUCAAGCCAAGAGAGUUCAGCAUUGCCAGUGCCCCACCAGCGAACAGCGAGCGGGAGAAGCGCGUGUCGGAAGAGCCGCACGCAAUACAGCUUAGCGUAGCCAUGGUCAAGUACAAGACGCGCCUUCGCAAAGCACGCACAGGGUUGUGCACAAGAUGGCUUUCCUCGUUGCCGCUCGGUUCGCGCGUUCCGGUUGUUAUCAAGCCAGGUUACCUCACGCUGCCACCUGCGCAAGCUCCGCUCAUCUUGAUCGGACCAGGAACAGGCUGCGCACCCUUACGCUCGCUUGUCAUCGAUCGUCUUUCGAAUUCUACCCUUGCACGCUCCGAAAUCCACCUCUUUCUCGGCUUCCGGUAUCGAACCAAGGACUACCUCUUCCAGCACGACUGGCAACAUCUCCAACAAUCGUAUGCUAACCAGUUUCAUCUCCACACAGCUUUCAGUCGAGACGGAGAAGCGAAGACGUAUGUCCAAGACCUGAUCGUCAAGCCAGACAACGCCCAUGUGCUGUGGGAGGCGAUCACCGAGAGGAAUGCGUGGAUUGUUGUGGCUGGUGCUUCGGGAAAGAUGCCGGAACAGGUUAGGGGCGCAUUUGAAAGCAUCGCGAGAAGUCAGGGUGGAAUGGAUGAGGAGCAGGCAAAGAGGUUCAUGGAUGCGUUGGAGCGGCAGAGGAGGUGGCAGGAAGAGUGUUGGGGUUGA